CCCUCAAGCCAUCUUCACAUUCACACCUCUCUUGAAGAACACAAACAGGAGACACCGGUCUUACCACUACAAUGGCGACAACUACCAUGUCUCUCUCCUCCUCUACCGUUGCUGGAAAGUUAGUGAAGAAUCUGCCAUCGUCCACACUUUUCGGCGAGGCCCGCAUUACGAUGCGCAAGACUGCAGCAAAGGCUAAGCAGGUCUCCUCUGGUAGCCCAUGGUAUGGCGCCGACCGCGUGCUCUACCUCGGCCCGCUCUCCGGUGAGCCCCCGAGCUACCUAACUGGAGAGUUCCCCGGUGACUAUGGCUGGGACACCGCCGGACUGUCCGCUGACCCCGAGACUUUCGCAAAGAACCGGGAGCUGGAGGUGAUCCACAGUCGCUGGGCUAUGCUUGGGGCACUAGGUUGUGUCUUCCCUGAGCUUCUUGCCCGCAAUGGCAUCAAGUUCGGUGAGGCUGUCUGGUUCAAGGCAGGCUCCCAGAUUUUCAGUGAGGGUGGCCUCGACUACCUGGGUAACCCUAGCCUCGUCCAUGCACAAAGCAUCCUCGCUAUAUGGGCAUGCCAGGUCGUGCUCAUGGGUGCUGUUGAGGGGUACCGUGUUGCCGGUGGCCCACUUGGUGAGAUCAUUGACCCGCUCUACCCAGGUGGCAGCUUCGAUCCUCUCGGUCUGGCUGACGACCCUGAGGCAUUUGCCGAACUAAAGGUGAAGGAACUAAAAAACGGUCGCCUCGCCAUGUUCUCGAUGUUUGGUUUCUUUGUUCAAGCCAUCAUCACCGGCAAAGGCCCACUAGAAAACCUCGCUGACCACAUCGCUGACCCCGUCAACAACAACGCAUGGGCAUUCGCCACAAACUUCGUCCCAGGCAACCAUUUUGCCGGCUCCCAAAUCUUCAGUGAGGGUGGCCUCGACUACCUCGGCAACCCUAGCCUUGUCCAUGCACAAAGCAUCCUCGCUAUUUGGGCAUGCCAAGUCGUGCUCAUGGGUGCUGUCGAGGGGUACCGUGUUGCUGGCGGCCCACUUGGUGAGAUCAUUGACCCGCUCUAUCCGGGUGGAAGCUUCGACCCUCUCGGCCUAGCCGAUGAUCCCGAAGCGUUUGCCGAGCUAAAGGUGAAGGAACUCAAGAACGGUCGGCUUGCCAUGUUCUCAAUGUUCGGUUUCUUUGUUCAAGCCAUCGUCACCGGCAAGGGCCCAUUAGAGAACCUUGCUGACCACAUCUCCGACCCUGUCAACAACAACGCAUGGGCUUUUGCCACCAACUUCGUCCCUGGCAAGUAAAUGAAGUGCCUUGGAGACUAUCCUCACGGUUAACCGUGAUGCCCGGUAGUCUUGUUUGUACAACCACAAUGUAAAUUACGAGAAGUUUGUGCAAACACAUUGUGCGAUUUUCCCACUA